AUGGAGUGGAGGGAGGAAGUAAACAUAACCUUAAAUCCAACUAUUGUGUACCGUGAAAUGGAAGAAGGAGUUGUCUUGUUUGACUUCACCAAACUGGACAACCUCCACGGCUGGUCGGAGAUGUCCGAUGUCGUCAGAGAAGUGGGGAUGUCCAAGGCGGUGUUGGUGCUACAGAAGACCCAGCGUUUCCAGAGAGGAGUGUUUUUCACCAUGUUGAACCCCCAGCCUAAUGGAGCAGGGUUUGCUGGUUUUCGAACAGACACAGAAUUCAACCUGACGAAUUACAACUCCAUCCAGCUCUACUGUCGGGGUCAAGGAGAGAACUAUGGGUACAAAGUCGUUCUUCGGCACAAAAAUCAAAAUACCGAACCGUUUCCCUCAUACGAACAAAUGUUUCAGGCCCCAAACAGAAAAUUUGAAAUAGUUGACCUUCCUCUCGCUGGUUUUGAACCUUAUUACCGAGGAAAGAAGCAGAAUCAAUCAGAGCCUUUAGACAAGAGUCAAAUUUCAAAUUUUGAGCUCCAAAUUUAUGGAGGUGUUUAUCUGCCUGUCAAACAAGCUGGGACAUCUUCAUUGGAGAUUGACUGGGUCAGAGCAGUUUGAUCUUUACAGAGCAAAAAUCAAACAUUGUAAUUACUGUAGUUACCAUUCCAUGUAUAUACAAUUAAUUACUAUACAAUUAUAUUAGUACCAUUCAUAC